AAUAUUGAAAAUAUUAGCAAAAACCAUACUAAAAUACAAUAUGCAAAAUAUAUUCCCGUCACGUGACACCAUCUUAUCACAUGACCACCUCGUGGAAUCCCCUGCACUUUGUUUCCUAUCUUAGCGGGGAAGAAGACGCUUUAUCUCCAGAUCUACAAGAUGUUGCGCGUUGCUGUAGUAGCGGCUCUGGUUGCGGUGUGCUUCGCCCGACUACCCAAAUCCGAGUUGGACUCAGAAUGGCAACUGUACCUUAAGGCUCAUGGAAAGCAGUAUGGAGCGGAAGAGGAAGCUAGAAGGCGUGUGAUCUGGGAGGGUAACCUGGACUACAUUGAGAAGCACAAUCUGGCCGCCGACCGCGGGGACUACAGCUUCUGGCUGGGAAUGAACGAGUAUGGAGACAUGACCAAUGAGGAGUUCCGUAGUACCAUGAACGGCUACAAGAUGAGGAACGGCACUAGCCGCGGAUCUCUUUACCUCCCUCCGUCAAACAUCGGGGAUCUUCCCGACACGGUCGACUGGAGACCAAAGGGAUACGUCACACCAAUCAAAAACCAGGGUCAAUGCGGGUCAUGCUGGUCUUUCUCCGCCACAGGGUCACUGGAAGGUCAAACUUUUAAGAAAACUGGCAAGCUGCCAUCUUUGUCCGAACAAAACUUGGUUGACUGCUCUCAAAAACAAGGUAACCACGGUUGCCAAGGCGGUUUGAUGGAUGACGCUUUCCAGUACAUCAAAGACAACAGCGGGAUCGACACCGAGUCCUCUUACCCUUAUGAAGCCAAGAACGGCAAAUGUCGUUUCAACGCCGCCAACGUAGGAGCCACAGAUAGUGGAUUCACAGAUAUCAAGAGCAAGAGUGAAUCAGAUCUUCAAAGCGCCGUUGCUACCGUCGGCCCCAUCUCUGUUGCCAUUGAUGCCAGUCACAUGAGCUUCCAGCUCUACAGAUCCGGGGUAUACCACGAGUUUUUCUGUAGCGAGACCCGAUUGGAUCACGGCGUGUUGGCGGUAGGAUACGGCACAGAGAGCGGCAAAGACUAUUGGCUGGUUAAGAAUAGCUGGGGAGAGAGCUGGGGACAGAAGGGGUACAUCAUGAUGUCCAGAAACAAGAGAAACAACUGUGGAAUUGCUACCUCUGCCAGCUACCCAACUGUGUAAACGUCAGCAAUGUAGUAUACCAAGGGACGUUAUUCUUCUCGAAAGGGAAAUAACUCGAAUAUAGGAAAAAGAAAUUAUUUUUGUAUUUUUUGUAUUAAUUUUGUACGAAUGAAUUGAAAUAAAUUUAUUUUAAAACAACA